AUGACAUCACUGAAGAAACUGCAACGAUACUUCUUUGUGUUUAUCACAGUCUAUAUGCUGACAGGAAUCGGUGCCCUGGUAAUGGGGUCCAUGUGGCUCCGUCAGUCUGCCGACGGUGCUCCCCGUGAAGCUGUCAUCUCCCGCGCCAUUGAACAAACGGGAACGCUUAUUGGAGCAGCAGUGGCAGCAACAGCACUAGUCGGAUUCGUCGGUGGAUCAGCUCCCGUUCGGUUCAAGAUACUGCUCGUUGCAUUUGUGUGGCUGAUGAUGACGGCCAUGCUAGCGGAGCUCGGACUCGGCGGCGUUAUCUGGUUCAAGACCCUGCGCAUGCGGAGUCUGUUCCAUACUCAGUGGAUCAACGAGUGGUCGGAUUCUCUUAAAGUUGCCUUCCAGGACAUGACACAAAUGUCAGGAUACGGACAGUGCUGUGGAUACAACGACCGCGCAUCCGUCGUCCCCCAAGGAGCAUGUGCAACGGCAAACGCCCUCAACUUGUACCCAGGAUGUGAGGAGAAGGUGUCGGCCUUUGCAGAUACCUACUUGCGCAAGUUGUACACAUCUCUUUUCGGAUUCACAUUGGUCAAUGUGGUCUGCUUCAUUAGUACUGUUAUCUUGAUCCAGGCCCGUAACGAUGAAGAGCGGUAUAUCCGUAUUGGGCGCAAGGAAGGCCGAACCUACCACGACUCUAUCUAA